GAUGCCACUCGGCUCAGUUCCGUCCGUGUCUUCUGCUGGUGGGACAGCUUAUAACAUUUGUUUUUGGAAUUACAUCUCUUUCCCCCGACAUCUACGCCAUGAGACCAACGAUUCGUGUUUUGCAAUCCCUAAACCAACAUGCGACACGUAGCAAGAGUAUUGGUUUCAUCGGUCUAGGUCGAAUGGGUACCGAGAUGGCAUUCAACCUGUUCUCUAAAACAUAUGCAGAAGCUACAGACGCCCAGUUCUAUAUCUGCGACGCUGUACCUUCCAGCGCUGCCUCAUUUCGUCAGAAUUUCCUUGGUCACUUUCCAGGUGCUCAUGUGCACGUAGUCCAGACUCCAGCAGAGGCAUUAAUCGCGUCACAGACUGUAAUGACAGUGCUACCAUCUUCUCCUGAAGUAAAGGGUGUUUAUUCUGGAUCAAGUGGAAUUAUACCUGCUCUGAAAUCGCUGCCCACCAAAGCUGCUGAAAGCACGCUGGUAAUUGACUCCACGACGCUAGAUGUAGAGGUCGCGCGCCAAGUGGCGAAAGACGUCAUACAGACUGGAGCCCAGAUGAUUGACGCUCCUGUUUCUGGUGGGGUCACCGGUGCUAAAGCCGGCACACUUGCGUUUAUGGUUGGGGGAUCAGAAUCGUCCUUCGAGCUGUCUCGUGCCCUUCUCUCCCAUAUGGGCAAACGCAUUCUGCAUUGCGGUCCCUCUGGCGCCGGCCUUGGUGCCAAGAUAUGUAAUAAUCUCGUUUUGGGCAUCGAGCAGAUUGCUGUCGCUGAAGCCAUGCUUCUGGGUCAGAAACUUGGUCUAGAUCCCGCUAUACUUGCAGGCGUCAUUAACAGCUCGACUGGCGGCUGUUGGGCGUCAUCGAUCAACAAUCCUGUACCGUCCUCACUACCUGGAAAAUCACCGCCCUGCGAGCGUAAUUUCGAGGGUGGUUUUGUCACUGCGCUAAUGCUGAAGGAUAUGCUCCUGGCAAAGGAUAUUGCUGCAAGUCAAGGUAGUCCUUUGCCGCUUGGAGAGGCUGCACAGGGCAUAUACUCUGACGCGAUAAAGCAGCAACCGGAGCUGGCUACCCGUGACUUUUCGUCUGUGUACCUACAUCUCCGACAACAAACCGAGGGGAGAAAGCAUGGAUCAGAAGAGAAGUCAUGACAAGGGUCGUGGUGAUGUGUUUGUACGAAAGUAACAAUGCAUUGAGUAUCGAUGUUGUGAUUGGUUGAUGUAAUGUCUGAAACGCCUCGUUUGCCUUGUAGCAUGUCGAGUUUUACAUGGCUAGUUUCAAUGGCAAUGGCGUACAAGCGGCGGAAUACAAGGUGCUAUACAGCAAAGAUCGAUGAAACGAUGAUUAUAUGUCAAGUGGUGGUACAUAUGAGGAGGACGCCGCAAGGAAAUUACUCGGACGCCGAUGCAAGCCUGAUCGAUGUCGUUUUGAAAGUUGAAAAUUUUAUGAUGGUGAGAUUAGAGGACAGGACAGCUGCAAAUUUUCGUAAGAGGUACGACGAGGAUGGAUAGCAUGGAGCCGUAUGUGGUAUCUAGUUUGACCGAAAUGAAGGCGAGAGCGCUCGAAGGGGUAUCGGUGUGGACUGUUGUGUUGUGUGCCGGCGGUAGUGAUGGCAGUAGAUGAUACAUCGAUGAUAGAUGAUAUAAGGGUGCUUACCGCUGAGACCGGGUUUCAAUAUCAAAAAUGAUUCGCUGCGACGUCGAC